CUUCCUGUACACACCAAAGCUCUUCGCUGUAGACAGGAAGUGGAGUGUUGACAGGUCACUUUGGCUAACGCUGGCUUCUGCUGUCACUUUCAAUAUCUGCACUUGAAUAAAUAUUAUCUGUCCCUCGACAUGUCGGACAGAAACCCGGGGAUGGAGCUCGACCUUGAGCAGAUAUCAAAAGUGAGGGUGAAUACACAGGCCAUCCUGAAGAGAGCUCAGCACAUCCAAGGACUGAAGACCCCCAAGAAACAGUGGCAGGCUGCCUGGCUGCUGAAGGCUGUCACAUGUAUCGACCUGACAACUCUUGCUGGAGAUGAUACACCGUCUAAUGUCCAUCGGCUGUGUCUGAAAGCCAUCCAGCCGGUCCGUUACGACCUGCUCAAAGAGAUGGAUAUGCACAACAAAGGAGUGACAACAGCAGCAGUGUGUGUGUAUCCAUCUCGUGUGGCCGAUGCCGUCAAAACACUAAAAGCAGCCAACUCCAGCCUUCCUGUUGCUUCAGUGGCCACUGGUUUCCCAGCAGGCCAGACACCAUUGGAGACCCGCCUGCAGGAAGUCCGCUUGGCAGUGGCUGAUGGUGCCACUGAGAUCGACAUCGUUAUCAACAGGACGCUUGCCCUCACAGGAAAGUGGGAAGCCAUGUAUGAUGAGAUCCGUCAGUUUCGGGAGGCCUGCGGAGACGCCCACAUGAAGACCAUCCUGGCUAUUGGAGAGCUGGGCACCUUCACCAAUGUCUACAAGGCCAGCCUGGUGGCCAUGAUGGCUGGUUCGGACUUCAUCAAGACAUCCACAGGAAAAGAGUCUGUCAACGCCACUUACCCUGUCGCCAUAGUGAUGGUGAGGGCCAUCCGUGACUACUACUUGUGUACAGGCCACAAGGUGGGCUUUAAGCCAGCAGGGGGCAUCCGGACGGCUCAGGAGUCUCUGGUGUGGCUCACUCUGAUCAAAGAGGAACUGGGCAACGACUGGCUCUGCCCGCUCCUGUUCCGCCUGGGAGCCAGCAGCCUGUUGGCUGACAUCGAGAGGCAGAUCUACCAUCAUGUGACUGGACAGUAUGCAGCCUAUCAUGAGCUGCCUCUGGCCUGAAGCUGUGGACUUCCUGUUUUAAUGACCAAUCAGAAACUCAGACUCACCACAAGAGCCUUUCAGUGCUCAUCCAGGCAGCACUUACCUCUUCUAUUAGCCAUACUCAACAUUCAGUGCUUUGACUGAAGACUGGGACCAAUGAGUUUUACUGUACUUGUACUCUAAUGUGCUCAUACACACAGUGUACCUAUGAAGAAACAGGUGAAUAAACCUUGUCACAGUAUUUUGUAACAGACAUUAAAGACUGCAUAUCGUGCCCGGCAGUCAUUGUUUCAUGUGAAGCAGGAAGUGAUUUACAGUUAAGAAAAUCAAUUUAGCAGUUUGUUCUGCAAAUUCUGAAAGUCUUAAAUUCUAACUCUGAUCCUUGCUGAUCUUUUACAAAUGAAAAUAUUAAUGUGGAAAGAUAAAUGAUCCCUGCUUUUAUCACUACCCAGUGUUACAGUCUUUAACAUAGAAUUAUAUUGCAGAGCAGAUACACACAUAUACUCACUCACAGUGCUUAAUUUAUAAAAUAGAAGUAGGGGAACACUUUGGGCCUCUGAGAGAGCAGUGUUCCCCCACUCCCAAAAGUGGGGGAACACUUUUUUAAGCGGCACCCGAGCCGCCUCACUGCGCAACUCCGAAUGAAAUGGUUGUGACAUCUAGUGUUGUCACGGUACCAAAAUUGGGACCCACGGUACGAUACCAGUGAAAGUAUCACGGUUCUGAGUAGUAUCAUGAGACCACAGCAAAAAUGAGGCAGAUGUGCCUUUUGUCAUUUAUAAAAAGAUAAAUCACUUUUCUAUAAUACAUCAAUGAUAUUUCAAUGGAAUAAAUUACUUAUUGACUUAUUCAUACUUCAAAAACAGCAUCAAUAAGUGAUUAACAUGGGGGGAUCAAAAAAAAAAAAAAAAAAUCAACCC